AAAAAAUAAUGUUCGGUUCGUUCGUAUAAAUAAACAGUAUUUUGUAUAAUCAUGCUCAUCAUGGUUCAUGACAAAGUAGAUGUUGAUCUUUAUCAGUUUCCACUGGAGCGUAAUUAUUUUAUCGUUUUGUCUUUUCAUUGCAUUUAUUGAAGAGAACAUAGAACGGAAAUAAUUCAUUUUUCAUUGAUUGCUAAGAAAAUAUCGCUAGGACCCUGCAAAACCGAUUGACUGACAAACGAUUCAUGAAGGGAUUUUACUGUGCGGUUCAAUAACGGUUUACAUUGUUUUAUUUUUCUCUAAUAUUCGUAGAUAAAUAAACCAAUAAUUAUGGAGUCACCCGGUAAGUUACAUGAAUAUAUUAUAUUAAACUAUAAAGCAAAGAGAUUAAUAACUUUACUGUUCAUUUAAAGCAGUUAACAAAAUUUUAUAUUUGCGUAUUUAUUUGAUAUAUUUUAGAGAAAAUAAACGGUCACAGUAAAGAAGUCGAUGACGAAACAAAAAAAGAAGUUAUAAAUGAUGGUGAAAUAAAAGAAUCUGCCGUUUGUGAAAAGAAAGAGGCAGACUGUGAAAUAGAAGAGGCAGCUUCUGAAUUAAACGUGGCCGACUGUGAUAUAAAAGAAGCUGAGGUUCCAAUCAAGGAUGAAGAUGGCGAUGCUGUCAACGAUUUUUCGUCUGUUGAAUUUACCAUAAUACACAAUAAAGAUAAAUAUACAGUAUCAAUGCCGCUAUCAUCUACGAUCGGGCAACUCAAAAAUAAACUGGUUGAUAUGAUUGGCGUGUCCAGCCAGAUGCAAAAAAUCAUGAUCAAGGGUCUAGCGAAAGACGACCAAACACUAGAAUCGUUGAACGUAAAUUCCUCAUCCAAGAUCAUGGUGGUAGGUGCCAAGUUACAAGACAUAGUAGCUGCAUCUAUAGCAAAUGUUGACGAGGUUUGAGAAAUAAUUAAUUUUAACUAUCAUCAUUAUUAAAAUGUCUAAUGGUAUUUCAAUUUUAUCUUUAGGAUUCAAGCUCAAGCAAAUCAGGUUCCGCUAAAGAGCCGUUAUGCAAGAAGAAAUUGCAUAUGAAAGUGUUGGAGCGAGGUGUACCGGAAGAUGCAAUGAUUGGAAUUUUAAAUAUUAAGGUUUGUUAAGUUAAUAAUAUAAUAUGUUUUAAUGAUAAGGUUAUCCAGUUAACAAUAUAUUAUUUAAAUUUUUUGAAAAAUGAAUUGUUUAUGUCAAACAAUAUAGUAUUAUUAUAACUUAGAAAUUAUUUUUUUUACAAGUAUGACAUGUUUUAUUUUUAAACUGUUAGAUUUGGAAUAUAGUAUGGGAUCUAUUAAUUUGACUAGGUUUUUUUUUUCUGUCUGUAAACCACUUUUUGACUAGAAAACUUGUUUCACUCGAAAAAUAGCUAGAAAACUUUUUGUUGAUUUUUAGUUGGUGCAUUAGAGAGGUUAUCUUUUAAUUUUCGAGGUGUUUUCAAAAUUGGGGAAACCAAAAAAAUAGAAUAAUGAAUAUUUAUGGUGUUACCAAUUUUAUUAUUUUCAAUUUUGUUUUUUGAUUGUAUUUCAUUUCAAAAUAUUUUUAGAAAUUUUAAAUUUUGAUGCAAAAUGUAUAUUUGCCUUUUCUAGAUUUGGUAAAAAUUUUAAAUCAUUUUUGAAAUUUUUGAGCUAUCUAUAUAUGAUUAUGAUUUGAGAGUUUAUUUAGUAGGUACUAAGUGAAUAUAAUUGUUAGACCAAACAUAAAUGCUUAAAAAUUUAAUAGGAUGUUCAUCACAAGUUGUAAAAAAAAUUAUUGUUGUGUAGUAAUUUUUCUUUAAUGGUUUUAAGAUCAAAUUUUGAUAAAAAUCGUAAAUACUCUGGCCUUUCAAAUCAUUUAUAAACAAAAUCCACUCAAGAUUGUUUUUUGUUAGAAACAGUUAAUCGUUUAAGGAUAUAAAUUAACUAACUUUAUAUAUUAUACCUUCUUAACUUUUCACAUACAACAGUGGUACACUCAUUAACAGUAUCAGCUCUUUUUUAUUUUUAUAGUUUUAAAAAGUUUGAUAUUUUAUAUCAAUUUUUAUUGUAAAAUAUUCUUACCUAUUUUGUAGAAAAUUGUACCAUCUAUCAAAUUUAUAUGGCAUUCUAUAUUCUAAUAAAGUAUAUAUGCAUAAUAUACUAAUAUAUUCUGCAUGCAUUUUUGUCUUAUAAUAAUAUUAUUAUUUUGUAUUGCAGGAUCCAUUACCACCAUACCCGUUAAGUGGAAUGCUCAAUAAAUACGGGGGAAAAGUAAGACUGACAUUUAAAUUAGAAAUGGAUCAACUUUGGAUAGGCACCAAAGAAAGAACGCAGAAAAUAGCAAUGAGUACCAUUAGACACGUGUUAAGUGAACCAAUUGAAGGCCACGCUGAGUAUCAUAUACUGGUAAUAAAAAUAAUAACAAUAUAAAUAUUUUAUAUUCUAGUAAAUUAUUAUUUGAUAUGUCAAAAACUGUUCUAAAAUGACUAAUUUCUGAAUUAUUUAGAAAAAAAACUACAUUUUUUUUGAGUUAAAAAGAUUUAGAGUGCAUUGGCAAAUUGUACAUCCUUUUAAGACUAUUAAGUAUUAUUAAUUAUUAUAAUAGUAGAUGAAAUCAAGGGCAAUAUAUAAUUAUUAUUAUACAAUUUAUAAUUUAUAAACUUAAGUUUGAUAAAUAAAUAAAUGCAUGAAAAAACACAACUAAUAUUGCUUUGCUCAGAAUCGUUGCUUUUAGUUUAUAAAUUAAAUUAUCCUAUAUAUGAUAUACUUUUCAAACUUCCCACCUAUUCUAGUGGCCUUUCCAUGAUCUGAAUUUUGUAAGUACUAAGGCAUUUUACAUUUAAACAAACCAUUGUGUUUGGAAAUUAUAAUUAACUAUUAAAACUUUUUUAGAAAAAACUAGUGAAAUAGUCUAAUAAAAAGAUGUUUUUUAAUAUUUUUAGUUUAGCUCAAAAUAUUCUAAUAUUUUUUUAUUUUAUUUUUUUUAUAGGGUUUCCAGUUAGGCACAACGGAAGCAUCUCGUUACUGGGUAUAUUGGGUACCAGCACAGUAUGUAGACUCUAUAAAAGAGGCUAUAUUCGGUGGUUGAAGGUGUUUUGUUUUAAUUCUAGUCGUUUAUCCUUAAAACACUUAUUAUAAAUUAUAUUACUUCAAAAAAAAAAAAAUCUAAAAUAUAUUGAUGUUAAAAUUUCAUUUUUUUUCUUAACAGCUCAAAACAUUGCUUUUUAUUAUUUUCCUUGUUUUUUUUCUUGUAAAACUAUCAUAUACCAAACUGUAUUUGUAAAAAUAAUUUUGUACUCCACUAUUGUAUUUUACAAAUACAUACUGCCAACACUAAUGGUAGGUACCUAUUCGUAAAAUAAAAAUUAAGUUCCUUGAAAAAAUGUGUAUUUAUAUGUUUACAUAGGUUAAAUAUGUAAUUAGUAAAUUUGAGCGUUUGGUUUUACUUAACAACGAUUUAUUUUGUAUAAGUAAAAUAAAAAAACAAAUAUGUUUUCUGAUUAUUUUUGUUUAUUUAAAAAUUUAUUCAGUGCUCAUUUGUUAAUGAUGAACAAAUUAUUUGAGUUAUAGAAAUAAUUCAAACAGAUGUAGUCAGACGAAAAAUUUGUUAAAUGAUUAAAUUGUAUAAAAGGACAAGACUUGAAUGUGCUUGUAAUACAUUAACAAAAGUUUUGUAGAAAAAAAUAAAACAUUGCAAUAAUAAUAAUAGUUCAAUAAAAUACAUUAAGUACAUUAAGUAAAUUGUUACCAAUUGAUUGAAGAGAGCAAUAAAUAACUUAAUAAUCAAAAUAUUAUUUUUGUAUAGAUAAUAUAGAGUAUGGAAGGAACUAGGACUGAUUUAUUUAAGAAUUAGGAACAUGAGAAUUCAGAAACAAACUGAUCAAUAGGUCAAAUUUUGAACAUCAAGAAUACAUUAAAAUAAUUUAAUGUACAUAAGAAAUUCAGUUGAGUUUGUUGUUUAAGAUUUACAAAUUAAUAGAAAAAAUAUGAAAAUAUAUUGAAACCUUAAAAAUGAAUGAAUAUUAGUGUUAUCAAAAAGAAUCACAGCCUAAAAAAAAAAAAAACAAAUUUAUACAUAAAAAAACAGAGCAUAAUGUAUAGUAAAAAAAAUCACAAAACUCAAGUUUUUAAAAAUAUGUUAUACAAAAAGUGUUACAAGUUAUUAAAAAAAUGUCAGCAAACCAAACACUGAGGAAAAAUAUUAUAUCUAUAUAAAUAAUGUUAUUUUAGUAACUUGUUACACCAUCUCAUUAUAUAAUAUGUAUAUGUAAAAAAAAUAUAUUGUAUCUUUAAAAUGUAUACAAAUUAAUAGUAAUUAUAAUACAAAAUGUAUAGUAAAAAAAUACAAGAUAUGCACACAAUACAUUUUUUUUUAAUUCACACAAAAAUAUAAUUGAUGAUUAUAUUAUAUAAUUAAAAUAACGAUAACGCCAUAUUAAAAAAUAGUCAGUUUAUUAUAUAAUAUAAAUAAUAAUGAAUAUUUUAGAAUAGGCCAACGGACUGUUUAAUUUUUGUACGCUUCCAUUUGGGCAGUUGUAGGAAUUCAUUUUUGCUCAUAUCCAAUAAGCCCUA